AUGAAAGAAGUUCUGGCCGAAUUGGAACAGCGGCGUGACACGGCUCGACUUGGUGGUGGUCAACGCCGGAUAGAUUCGCAGCACUCCAAAGGCAAGCUGACGGCGCGUGAACGGAUCGAGGUCCUGCUCGACGAAGGGUCCUUCGAAGAAUUCGACAUGUUCAAGCAGCAUCGCUGUACCGAAUUCGGUAUGGAAGAGCAGCACAUUCCAGGCGAUGGCGUUGUGACAGGCUGGGGCACGGUCAAUGGACGCACCGUUUAUGUGUUUUCCAAGGAUUUUACCGUUUUCGGUGGAUCGCUGUCGGAAACGCAUGCCGAAAAGAUUACCAAGCUGCAGGACAUGGCACUCCGCAACAGGGCGCCGAUCAUCGGCUUGUUCGAUGCGGGCGGCGCACGCAUUCAGGAAGGCGUCGCGGCGCUGGGCGGCUAUGGUGAAGUGUUUCAGCGCAAUGUGCUGGCGUCCGGAGUGAUCCCUCAGAUUUCCCUGAUCAUGGGGCCAUGUGCCGGUGGCGAUGUUUAUUCGCCCGCCAUGACCGAUUUCAUUUUCAUGGUGCGUGACACGUCGUACAUGUUCGUCACCGGGCCCGAUGUCGUGAAAACCGUGACCAAUGAAACCGUGACCGCUGAAGAACUCGGCGGAGCUUCUGUUCACACCGCGAAAUCAUCGAUAGCCGACGGAGCUUUUGACAACGAUGUCGAGGCACUCCUGGAGAUGCGCCGGCUGAUCGAUUUCCUGCCGAUGAACAAUCAGGCAGACCUGCCGGAAUUGACACAUUUCGAUGACCCGGAUCGUAUCGACACGAGCCUGGAUACACUUAUCCCUGACAAUCCGAACAAGCCGUAUGACAUGCGCGAACUUGUCCUGAAGACUGUCGAUGAAGGGGACUUCUUCGAGAUCCAGAAGAAUUUUGCCGGCAAUAUCAUUACCGGGUUCGGGCGCAUGGAAGGCCGGUCGGUCGGGAUCAUCGCAAACCAGCCGAUGGUGCUUGCAGGUGUGCUGGAUUCCGACGCCAGCCGGAAAGCCGCACGUUUCGUACGUUUUUGCGACUGCUUCAACAUACCGAUCGUGACUUUUGUCGACGUUCCCGGAUUCCUCCCUGGAACCGCACAGGAAUAUGGCGGUCUGAUCAAACACGGCGCCAAGUUGUUGUUUGCUUACGCCGAGGCGACGGUGCCGAAAAUUACGGUGAUCACCCGAAAGGCCUAUGGCGGUGCCUACGACGUGAUGAGCUCAAAGCAUAUUCGCGGCGAUCUGAACUAUGCCUGGCCAAGUGCGGAAAUUGCGGUGAUGGGAGCCAAGGGCGCGGUUGAAAUUCUCUAUCGUUCCGAAUUGGGUGACACAGACAGGAUUGCUCAACGGACGAAGGACUACGAAGACCGUUUCGCAAAUCCGUUCGUGGCAGCAGAGCGCGGCUAUAUCGACGAUGUCAUCCGACCGCAUUCAACGCGGAGGCGUGUUGCCAAAGGGCUGGCCUUGCUGCGGUCAAAACAAGACGAGAUGCCGUGGAAAAAGCACGACAAUAUUCCGCUCUGA